AUGACUUCUGCGUUUGUUUGUUCUGAAGGUGUGAAUAAGCGUCCCACAUCUGGUUUGAUAAGUUUUUAUCCAAAAGACAUUGUCGACACAAGACACUUUAUUCGCUUAACUGCGCAUGAGAUUGCUCAUGCUCUCGGUUUUGAACUCAAUCGUAUGAAAGAUCUUCAAAUGAUAAUGCAGAGAACAGUGAAUGGAGUGAAUGUUCCAGAGGUGCGGUCUGAGACUGUAGUUGCGAAGGUGAAGGAACAUUUCGGCUGUGAUAAUGCCACUGGCAUCUAUAUGGAGAGUGAGCACCUGCAGUUUAGCUCUCAUUUGGAGCGGAGGCUAGCGAAGGACGAUCUGAUGAGUACGUACAGUGAAGAACCAUCUGGUAUGUACUAUACAUCACUUACACUCGCAAUAUUUAAUGAUAUGAAAUUUUACAAGGCUAACUUCAGCAUGGCAGAGACAAUGAGUUGGGGCAGCAAUGCUGGAUGUGAGUUUCUUACAGAGAAAUGUAUACAAGAGAAUAUCAUUAAAUAUCCCAAUACAUUUUGUACUGAAUCCCGUGUAUCGUUGCAGUGUACAUCUGAUCGUCUUUCUCUUGGAAGGUGCACAUCAAGUAAUUUCCCUCAGGACUAUCCUGAGGAUUAUCGAAACUUCAAGAAUAACACUUUCACCUAUUUGUACGGUGAAUUGACGGAUGGAUGUCCCAUCAUCAGACAGCUUGAAAAGACAACAUGUCAGAGCGGUGAUCUGGAGUUAAUGCCUGGAAGCAUUCUGGGGAAGGGAUCACGAUGUCUACAAGGGGAUGGACUGAUACAAAAAAAAUCGGCCCAAACUUUCUUGCCAGUUGGUGACAUUUGUGCCAAUGUAAAGUGUGAGGAUGGCAAAGUUAAGGUACAGUAUAAGGGGAAUGAUAAAUGGCAUGAAUGCCCUGAUGGUGGCAAGAUUGAGAAUUUGGAAGGCACAGAGUUCCAAAGUGGAAGCAUCUUGUGCCCCAAGUACGCGGAGGUGUGUACCGAUCUUCCCCAAAUCAGUGAACUCCGCAUUGAAAGUAAUGAAGCUGCAGAUAUUGAGAUUCUCCAAGAUUACGUUAUUGGAAGAGAUUUACAUGACAUUAGUGGUGAAGAGAGUAAAGUGGCAAAUAAUAGCACCAGUGAUCACACGGUAGUAGAAAAUAUUACAUGUACGGUGGGGAAUUGCGACCAACAUACGGCUGGGGAAGGUGCUGACAAGAGUAUUGUGUCCUCAUAUUUUGGAGUUGUGUUAUUUCUUCUUUUUAUUGCAGCUGUGAUGGUGUAA